UCAGGAAAGUUGAACUAACACCGACUCCAUGCCAUGAACAAUUCAGAUCUAGACACGACUCACUGAUAAAGCGAAGUGGAAACGAUUUCCUCCCUGAAAUACUCUCAAAAUGAUGGUCCAACAUGUACGCCGCUGUCGGGAGUUUACCGGACCAACUCCUAACUCAGUAGCAAUCAAAGCUAAACCGACAAACAAGCGACCCGUUGAGCAUCUUAUUCUCGAGGGAAGACGACGAGACGAGUUAAGAGAUGAGGCGAUCGCAGAGUCAAAAUAUCAACAGCAAUGCGAUCUAAAGUCUGAAUGGGAAAAAGCUACUGAUAAAAGAAUCCUGAAGAAUACUGUUAUAAGAAGGGUAGACAGACUGGUCCAAAAAGAGAAAUUCAAACUCGAAGAUCGCAGAGAAAGGUUGCGUGAUCUUUUACUAAAUGAAGAGCAGCAGUUCAUACAAGAAAUGGAAGCAAAAGAGGAGACAACUCUUGAAAGACAAGCAAAAAUGAGAGAGAGAGCAAGAUUCUUAAAGGAGAAAAGAGAGGCAGAAAGACUGCAAAUUGUUAAAGAGAAAUAUGAUCAGAGAUGGAGGGAGGAAUGCGAGGAGCUCAGGAGCCAUUUGUCCCGUCGUCAUCAAGAUGAGGUAUUCAGUGAGCGCUCAGACCAGAUCAGAAUGAAGAACGAGCAGAAACAACGUGAGAAGGAUCUAGAAAAAAUGUAUGCUGAUCUCUGGGAACGUGACGUCAAGGCGAAGGCACAGCGUGAGGAACAGGAGGCCAUGGAACAAAUGGAGAGGAAUAGAGAGACACUGCGGGUACUCCAGCUACAGUCUGAAGCGAACGCUAAACAGAGAGAGGAGGAGAGAAGACUUAAGGAGCUUGAGGCGGAAUGGCUGAAGGAGCAGAAUGCAAUGAGAGCUCAGGAGGAGGAAUUCCUCAAGCAAGAGAAGCUCCGUAAGCAGGAGGCAGCUAAGCGUGCACGAGAUGUAUCUAUAAGACUCAAGAAUGAAAAGGAGGCCAAGGAGAAACAAGAAGAGCUUGCGCUAGACAUGAAAAUCCUUGAAAAACUCCUUGACGACACACGCAAUGAAGCCAUGGAGGAAUCACAACGGAAGAAGGAGCUCCGAGAAGAGAAUCUACGCUUCAUGAAAUACUGUGAGAUGAACCGCAAAGAUGAGGAAGACCGAGAGAGGGCCCUUGAGGCUCACGUGAAUGCAGAGGUAGAAAAACAGUGGGCGAAGAAGAUGGAGCAAUACAGGAUAGAACGAGCAGCCAGGAAGAAGUUACUGGACAAUGUUCUACAAACCAGACAAUUACAGAUGCAUGAGAGAAAACAAAUCGCGGAAGCUGAGGCUGAAGCAGAACGAGCGGAGAAGGAGAGAAUGCACAAAGCGUGGCUAGAGCACGAGAGACUGGAACGAGAGAACCAGGAACGCAUUCGGCAGAGGGAGGCUGGGCACCAGCGAGAUCUUGAUAUGCAGAUCGACUACCAGAAUCACCUGAAGGAGAGGAGCAAAGAAGACGAGAGAGAGGAGUUCCUUCUCGGACAGGAGGCCGAACGUGAAUAUCAACGCAAGCUCAAAGAAGCCCUGAAACGACCACAAAUCGACAAAGUGCAUCCUGCCCGCCUGCUCGCCUCAUACAGAAGCAAAUUUUCAACAAACUGAGUUUCGCAACCAUCUAUCUUAACCUCCUUGUACAUAGACCUUAGGACAAAAAUAUACAAAUUUACUUUUGACGAAUUAAUAUUCCUGAGACAUCAGAAUUUCGGAUUUAUGGAGUCUGAUGUUAUGGGUUGUAAUGGGCCAAGCGUUUGCAGUGUAUAUAAUAAAAUGAAUGAUAAGUUUUGA